UCUUCCUCCACCGCAAACCCAUUUCCAUUUCCAUCCCCUCUUGUUCCUUCCCUUGUUUUCUUGCCUUUCCUUUUUUAUAUUAAUAGUUUUACAAUACCCAACCCAAAUCCAAAAUUCCACCAAUCAUACAAAGUAGACAACAAACAAGAACAUAAAAAAGCAAAAAGAAUUAGUGACCCCUUGUUUAAAAAAAAGGGCAAAAAUAUCCAACAUGAAAGGGGAGUAUGUAGAACACAAAAAUGAAAACCCCAACAACAUGUUCUCAAAACUUCACCACCCAAACCCACAACCCAACCAACACCAAAGCCACCCUUUUCCCCACCAUUUCCAACUCUCAAGGGUGUCACAGACGCCAGAAUCUGAUGACACCAGCCGCACCACUCCCAUCACUGCCCCUUCCCAGAAAGAACCCAACAGCAGCGGAGGUGGUGAUGAAGCCACCAUUGAAUUGGUUCGCAGGCCAAGGGGAAGGCCUCCAGGGUCGAAGAACAAGCCCAAGCCCCCUGUCAUCAUUACCCGGGAGCCCGACCCAGCUAUGAGUCCUUACAUUCUAGAAGUCCAAGGAGGGAACGACAUCGUUGAGGUUGUCUCCCGCUUCUGCCGGCGCAAGAAUCUCGGGAUUUGCAUCCUCACGGGAUCCGGCACCGUUUCCAACGUCACUCUCCGCCAGCCCUCCGCCACUCCUGGAGCCAUCAUAACCUUCCACGGCAGAUUCGACAUCCUCUCCCUCUCCGCCACGUUCCUCCCCCAAACCGCCUCCUAUCACGUUCCCAAUACGUUUUCGAUCUCUCUGGCAGGCCCACAGGGGCAGAUCGUAGGAGGGUUUGUUGCAGGACCACUGGUUGCAGCGGGGACCGUUUUUAUCAUAGCCUCCACUUUCAUCAACCCCUCGUACCACCAGUUGCCUGGAGAGGAAGAGGAGAGGAACCCAGUCUCACCCGGUGGCGGUGGUGAUGGGCAGUCGCAGUCUCCCCCCAUGUCCGGUGGCGGUGCGGACUCCGCUCAUGGUGGAGCAGACUCGUGUCCGGUCUCGAUGUACGGCUGUCAUUUGGGUGGUUCUGAUGUGAUCUGGGCACCAAACGCAAGACCACCGCCUUACUGAUGUUCAAGGUUUUUGAGAUUUCGAUUUUCCUUUCUUUUCCGUUUUUGUCUUUUUACCUUGAGACUGAGAUCACUGUGAAUGAAUUAAGCUUUAGAUGACCCUUUUUUUUUUUAAUUAUUAUGUAGUGAUUUUGCAAUUUCAUGUUAUGAAUAUUAUGAAUUUC